CUUGCUAUUUUCCUCCACCUAAUGUGACAAGUUGAGUAUGCAAGUUAAACAAACAACUGCAAGGGAAAUAGGGGCCUAACUUUAUAUAUCGGCGUGAGUGAGUGCGUCAUUUCUUUCUUUCUCUGCUUCCCUAACCAACUGAACCAGCAGCAACAUUUGCGCAAAUCGAAAUUGAUUCUCUGCCACUAAACCUAAAAUGGAAAUCUUUCCGAUUCCCGCCGAAUCCUACACUCUCGGCUUCAUCGGCGCCGGAAAAAUGGCCGAGUCCAUUGCCCGAGGCGCCGUCCGCUCCGGCGUCCUGCCGCCUUCUCGCAUUCGGACCGCCGUCCACUUCAACCUCGCCCGCCGUGGCGCCUUCGAGUCCUUCGGCGUCACCGUUCUCCCUUCAAACGACGACGUCGUUCGCGAAAGCGACGUCGUCGUUUUGUCGGUCAAACCUCAAUUAGUGAAAGACGUGGUGUCGAAAUUGACGCCGCUUUUGACGAAGAACAAGCUUUUGGUUUCGGUCGCUGCUGGUACCAAAUUGAAAGAUCUUCAGGAAUGGGCUGGGAACGACAGAUUUAUAAGAGUGAUGCCUAAUACCCCAGCAGCUGUUGGCCAGGCAGCAUCUGUAAUGAGCUUGGGGGGAUCUGCAACGGAAGAAGAUGGAAAUAUCAUAGCCCAAUUAUUUGGGUCAAUUGGCAAAAUAUGGAAAGCUGAGGAAAAGUAUUUUGAUGCAAUAACUGGCCUGAGUGGCAGUGGUCCUGCUUAUGUUUAUUUAGCAAUAGAGGCUUUGGCUGAUGGAGGAGUAGCAGCUGGUUUACCACGUGAUCUUUCAUUAAGUCUAGCUUCUCAAACUGUAUUAGGGGCAGCAUCAAUGGUCUCCCAGACUGGGAAGCACCCGGGACAGCUCAAAGAUGACGUUACUUCUCCAGGUGGGACAACAAUUACGGGCAUUCAUGAGUUAGAAAAUGGUGGGUUCCGUGGAACACUGAUGAAUGCUGUUGUUGCUGCUGCUAAGCGCAGCCGAGAGCUUUCCUGAAUCAAGAGAUUAGGAUUCUACUUUUUUUUUAGACCAAAAUCUGAUUUCGGUCGAAUUUUCAGUCACUAUUAUGAGAACUUGGGGCUCUUCUUUGAGAGGAGUAAACAAGAAUGUUUGGCCAUAACAGUCUUUUCGAGCUAGCAUCAUGAAUGCAUCCGAGUCUAUAUGAGAACUUGAAGUUUCCUUGCAAAAGAAGAGUACUAGCAGUAAAAAUAAAAUAAAACCACUAGGCCACUAAGCUGCAUUCGAGUCUA